AUGUCCAAGGCACUCAUCAACCGUUCCCUCACGACCGUGAAAACCGAACUCGAGUUUCUUCUUGAUUCCGACGUGAUCACUCAAUCGUUUUAUGAUAGUGUGGUGAAAUCUUUGCCAGCAAAAUAUCAAGAAGGCACCCCAGCCGCCACUCUCCAAGGCUCCACCGCCAGUGCCAUCACUGAAGCUGCGACCAGUAGAGCUUCGGCUCCUACUUCGAACGCUCCUUCUCCUGCUCCUCCAAGCUACGCUUCGUCUGCUGGUCCUGAAGAAUGGGUUGAAGCGCUUUAUGAUUACGCUGCCCAACAACCAGAAGACCUCCCGCUUCGUGCCGGGGACCGUAUCAAGGUGAUUGAAAAACCAAAUCCAAACUGGAGCAAAGGAAUAUCUAAUGGACGUACCGGGAUGUUCCCAUCGAACUAUUGCAAACCUUCAUCUGCUCCAGAUGAGAAACACCGCGGUGCUGAUGAAAAAUACCAAUACAAUCAGCCACAGUAUCAACCACAAUAUCAACCGCAAUAUCAGCCACCACCACAACAACAAUACAGUCCAUCUCCUUUCCCUCCUGCUUCUACAAACUAUUAUCCGCAACCUCAACCCCAACAAGUCCAAGAACCACAACAACAACAACAACAACAACAGCCACAAGGCGAUGGUGUGGCAAAGAAAUUCGGUAAGAAGUUGGGUAAUGCAGCCAUUUUCGGUGCUGGGGCAACCAUUGGUUCUGAUCUUAUCAAUUCCAUCUUCUAG